AAAUAGCGGAGGCAGUGCCAUGGAGAGAGAAUUCCCCGGAACAACCGCAACCCACAGUGCUGGGCGAUUUCUGGUCUAGUCUAAGGAGGUUUACACCUCAGCUAGAAGAUUCUAUCCCCAACGCCUGUGCUUGCCUGACGGCAUCUUAAAGCUGGAAAGUCACCUGGGGAACUGCACCAGAGAAAGCCCUGCGUCUGUAGACUCAGCACCAGUUGCUCAGAUGGUGAAAGAACAGAGAACUUUUAGCAGCUUCAGAUGUGUUUCCAGCAACUGCAAUGACUUCUCUCCAAAGGAAAGGACCGCAAACAAGGAUUCUUAGCACUGGAGAAGAGGAGAAGCUGAAAAGAGACCAAGCUUUGGUGUCUGCUUUUAAACAGCAAAAACUGGAAAAAGAGGCUCAGAAAAACUGGGACCUUUUUUACAAAAGAAACAGUACCAAUUUUUUCAAGGACAGACACUGGACUACCAGAGAGUUUGAGGAGCUAAGAUCAUGUCGGGAGUAUGAAGGUCAAAAAUUGACUUUGUUGGAAGCCGGAUGUGGGGUUGGGAACUGUUUAUUCCCACUUUUAGAAGAAGACUCGAAUAUCUUUGCCUAUGCCUGUGAUUUUUCUCCCAGGGCAGUUGACUACGUGAAGCAACAUCCUUUGUACAACGCAGAGAGGUGUAAAGUGUUCCAGUGUGACCUCACUAGAGAUGACCUUCUUGACCACAUCCCACCAGAGUCUGUGGAUGCUGUCACAUUGAUCUUUGUGCUCUCGGCUGUGCACCCUGAGAAGAUGCACCUCGUCUUACUAAAUGUGUACAAGGUAUUAAAACCAGGCAGAAGUGUCUUGUUCCGUGACUAUGGGCUGAAUGAUCAUGCCAUGCUUAGAUUUAAAGCCGGAAGCAAACUUGGAGAAAAUUUCUAUGUCAGACAGGAUGGAACCAGAUCAUAUUUUUUUACUGAUGAAUAGAGACCUUCUGAGAAGAAAUGGCACAAUAAGGUCUGUGAAGAAGAAACAUUGUGGUGGAGGGUGAGAAGGAAGUGGACUCUGCCCUGGGAUUCCUGGUCUUUGAGUCCAUGGAAAAGAGGGUUCCACCAGCAGGUACAGCAUGGCGACCACACUGUCCCUUUUUAAAAAUUGGAUAUUUUAUGUAUUUACAUUUCAAAUGUUAUCCCCUUUCCUCCUCUCCUAUGCCCCCUCCCCCUGCUUCUAUGAAGAUGUUCCCACUCCUACCCACCCACUCCCACCUUCCCACCUUGGCAUUCCCAUACACUGGGGAAAUGAGCCUUCACAGGACCAAGGGCUUUUCCUCCUAUUGGUGCCAGACAAGGCCAUCCUCUGCUACAUAUGCGGAUGGAGCCAUGGGUCUGUCCAUGUGUAUUCUUUGGGUGGUAGUUUAGUCCCUGGGAGCUCUGGGGGUCUGGUUGGUUGAUAUUGUUGUUCUUCCUGUGGGAUUGCAAACCCCUUCAGCUCCUUCAGUCCUUCCUCUAACUCCUCCAUUGAGGUCCCUGUGCUCAGUCCAAUGGUUGGCUGCAAGCAUCCUCAUCUGUAUCAGUAAGGCUCUGGCAGAGCCUCUCAGGAGACAUCUAUAUCAGGCUCCUGUCAGCAAGCACUUCUUGGCAUCAGCAAUAGUGACUGAGUUUGGUGGCUGCAUAUGGGAUGGAUCCCCAGGUUGGGGCAGUCUCUGAUAGCCUUUCCUUCAGUCCCUGCUCCACCCUUUGUCCCUGUAUUUCCUCCCAUGACUAUUUUGUUCCCCCUUCUAAGAAGGACUGAAGCACUUUGGUCAUCCUGCUUCUUGAGCUUCAUGUGGUCUGUGAAUUGUAUCUUGGGUAAUUUGAGCUUUUGGGCUAAUAUCCACUUAUCAGUGAGUGCGUACCAUGUGUGUUCUUUUGCGGCUGGGUUACCUCACUCAGGAUGAUAUUUUCUAGUUCCAUUCAUUUGCCAAAGAAUUUCAUGAAGUCAUUGUUUUUUAAUAGCUUUAGUAGUACUCCAUUGUGUAAAUGUAUCCACUCCUCUGUUGAAGGAUGUCUGCGUUACCCCUGUCUCUUUUGCUGCAGAUAUAAACUCACAGUUACUUAUAGGAAAUUGCUUGAAAUGUCAUCUGGGCCAUUUUCUCUCUCACAUCUCUGGAGUCCUUAAAAAUAUGCAUUUAAUUUUUUCAUGAGCUUUCUGAUUGGUUAGUUGGUUGGUUUUGGGGUGUAUGUGGCUUACUUUUUUGGAGGCAGAGUCUCUCUGUGUAUCCCUGUCUGGCCUACCUAGACCAGGCUAGCCUCAAACUCACAGAGACCUGCCUGGCUGUGCCUCCCAGUGUGGAUUAAAAUUGAGAGGCCCCACAGCCAUCUCCACCUGAUUUUUUGAGACCGAAUCUUUCACUGAGCUUGAAGUUCAUUGAUUCUACUAGGCUGGCUGGAUAAAUGAACUACUGAAAUCUACCAAUCUGGUACUGGGGUACAGAUGUGUGCCCUGCACCCUGCUUGUGUGUGGGUGGUGGGUUCUGAACUUAGAAUUCAUACUUUUGUGACAGGGACUUUACAAACUGAGCCAUGGCCCCGCCCAGCAAGUUGCAUUUAAAAAAUAAAUAUUCAUUUAUUUUUCUUUAUGUGUAGAAGUUUUUAACCUGUGUGUACUUAUGUGUACCACACUCAUUCCUGGUUCCUGUGGUGGCCGGUCAAGGGUGUCAGAUGCUUAGGGAGGGAAGAAAACAGAGAGGGUCUGGGAAGAGUGAGCUGGUGCUGAGCCAUGGCAACGAAAAGGGACUAAUGAAAAGAGCUAGAAAGGCAGGCUAGGGAGAUGGCUCAGUGGUUAGAGCACUGACUGCUCUUCCAGAGGUCCUGAGUUCAAUUCCCAGCAACCACACGGUGGCUCACAACCAUCUGUAAUGGGAUCUGAUGCCCUCUUCUGGUGUGUCUGAAGACAGCUACAGUGUACUCAUAUAAAUAAAAUAAAUUAAAAAAAAAAAGAACUAGAAAGGCCCACACAGAAUCUGGUGGUUUUGUUUUGUCUUGAAACAGAAACUCUUGUUGCCUAGGCUGGCCUUGAACUCUGUGGCUAGGAUAGCCUUGAACUUGAGAUCAUCCUUCCCUACCUCCACAGUGCUAUGAUUACAGGGAUCACUACCAUGCCUGGUUUAUCUAGUGCUAGGGACUGAGCCAGGUUCAUGCACACGAGGCUACAAUUAAGGUUCAUCUCCAACCCCCAAAUCUCGGCAUCCACUCCCACUCAGGAUCCUGCUUGGUAGUGGCUUUGACUCCGAGAAUCUGGGAGGGACCAUGAGAUUUUAUAUUUUUACCUAAGACUCCUACCUCCUCGUCCUGAUUCUCCUUGUCUACCUUUUCCUCCAAAUAUGGUCUUUCACACCCAAAGCUGGCCUCAACUCAAUAAGAGCCAAAGACGGCCUUAUGUCUAUGACCCUCCUACCUCUGCCAGAGUGCUGGCACUGCAGACCUGAGCCAUCAUAUCCAGCUUACGUGGAGCUUUGGGAUGAAGCCCAGGGCUUUGAGCAUGCUCUGCAAGCCCUACCGUCUGCAGUGAAUUGCAGUCUUCUGAGCUGUGGACCAGACCUGGAGUAAACUAAGUUCCCCUUCGGCCUUAGACUAGUCGAGUAAGGCCUUUUGGUUAAACAGAUUCCGAACUAAUCUUCUGCUGUCUCGCAUGACCCCUUUCAGGCUGGGCCCCAGCGUCACCUCCUCUAGGAAACCCUCCGCCAUGCCUGGGUCUAACAGUGUGUCCUGUCAGUCUGGCUGGGAGCCGCUCUUUUCAUGGCCCAUGCCCAACUGAGCCACACCUCUGCCACACUGCACUGCCAUCAGUGCCUAAAGUGCCCGUGUCCUUGUCACUGGCACAGCACCUGGCAACACCAACAGAAGACAAUAAUUUAUUAUGGUCAAAGGUGAGGGGUCUUGGCCUAGAACAGUGGUUCUCAGCCUUCCUGAUGCUGUGACCCUUAGGACAGUUGCUCGGGGUGUGCUGACCCCAACCAUAAAAUUAUUUCAUUGCUGCUUCAUAACUAAUUUUGCUACUGUUGUGAAUUAUAAUAUAAAUGUCUGACAUACAGGAUUUCUGAUAUGCUCCCCACCAGUGGGGUCAGAUUGAGAACUCCUGGCCUAGGACCAUGGUUUCACGUUAGCUUGAAUGACAAGUCCCACCAUGGAAGAAACGACAGGAACCGUCACAGUUGUCACAGUUACAGAACAAAACAAAGACAUGGCGCAAAUCAUUGUGUUUCCCAAACACAUCCGUGGAAUCAGGGUUAGAGGAGUUGUAGAUGUGCAAGGUCAUUUCUGCUCUAACCGUUAAGUGUCAUCCCUGUCACCACCCCACCUCCACCCCUGCCCAGCCCACCCCCAUCCAGGGGCUGAACCCGUAAAUGUUACUUUAUUGCAGUCUUAGCUUCCGGCUUCAGGUGGCCAUGAAGCCUUCCUUUGUCAAGCCUUGCGAUCUCUCCUGGUCAGGAGGACGUUGGUUAGGUAAGGCCCAGAGGUUGAAGACCCCUGAGCACUGGAAGGGCCCAGCAGAGCCCUGCAUCGUCAGCUCUGGUCUGCAGCAUCCCAUCUCUCCACAGCGUUACCGUUUGGUGAGCUGAGGUCGAGAGCCUCAGGCUCUUAGUGGGCACAGCCUCUUCAGAGAACGAGACUCGAAGGAACUCAGUACAGGGGCCGGAGAGUUGCCUUUGUGGUUAAGAGCACUGGCUGCUCUUCUGGAGGACCCAGGGUCGGUUCCCAGCACACACAUGGAAUCAUUCAUAACUUCAGUCCAAGGGAAUCUGGGACAACGUAAAAAUGCAAAGGAUUCUGUUGUAAAUAUUUGUGGCAUAAAUGACUAGAAGGACAAGCUAGAAAUGGGAGCUUGGCAAGUAACACGGCGAGCUCCUGAACAGGACUGAUAGGCCAGGCUAUGCUUAUUCUUGGGGCUACACCGAUCCACUUGGCUCUGGUCAUGGCCCGAAUUGUAUCUUCCUCAAGUUCCUACAGUGCAGCCCUGGCUGUGUCUGGGAGGUAACUGGGAAGUGGAGAUUGGUACUUAGUUCAAGGUCCUCCUCAGAUACACAGUGAGUUAGAGACCUGCUUGGGCUGCACACAAACUUCUUUUCAAAGAAACAGUGGGAGACAUGGCCGAGGGCCACAGAUGUAGUCACUCAGUGGAAGUGGACAGAAGUAACGAAGACUAAGUGAAGUCAGAAGUCUGGAGGCCUAAUCCAAUAAGACUGGAGCCUUUAGGAGAGGCACCAGAAUGAAUGUGCACAGACAGGGCUGUGCAAGGACUUUGUGGGAAAGUGACCCUGGGCACAUCAGGGAGCCAGGCCUCUGGAGAAAGCAAAGCUGCCUGCAGCAGCCCUGAAGCCUUAGGAACUAAGAAAACAGCCUGACGCGACUGCAGCCACCCGGUCUGAGGUGUGUGGCAGUGACAGCCCUGGUGACUAACCUGGUUUCUAGGCCAGUUUUCACAGAGCUCUCCUUUGCAAGUCAGCGAGGCUCCUGUCCUCCGCUCCCUCACGGCCAGGGCUAGAGCACCUCCUCUGGAUAGGGAGUUUUGCUGGGAAGCUGGAGAAGGAAGACGCUCCUAAGACCCAAGUGAUAAUUGUCAAAGGGACAUGUCUGGAUUCCAAGACUUGGCUCUUGGGUAAUGUUUUCUCCUGUCCACUUGGGCCUCAGUUUCUCCACAGAUAGAACAAGGUCAGCUGAGCACAUGGCACGGGGCUGUAAUCCCAUCGCUAAGGAAACUAGGUCGGAGGAUGGUCACCUCUGAGGCUGCAUAGUAGGUUCCAGGACAGGCUUCCACAUCAGGCAGCUUACUGUAAUUCUAGUGUCGGGAUGCUGUGACCUUUGCUGGCCGCUGCGUGCAUAUGGUACACACAAACUCAUGAGGACACACACGUACACACACACACACACAUUGUUUUUUUGUUUUGUUUUGUUUUGUUUUGUUUUCGGAGCUGGGGACCGAACCCAGGGCCUUGUGCUUGCUAGGCAAGCGCUCUACCACUGAGCUAAAUCCCCAACCCCCACACACACGUUUAAAACUGAGCCGAGCACAGUGGUGAACUCCAGUAAUACCAGGAUUCAGGAGGAUCACCACACAUUCUAGGCCAACCUGGAUAAGGAUGAGUUCAGGCCAUCCUGGGUCACAGAGAUGCUUUAUCUUAACCCUCCCCCAAAUGCAGUUGUCACGAGCAGUCCCUCUCUGCAGCUCAUAAGAUCACCUUCAUCAAUUUUAUUUUUUUAGUGCUGGGAUUCAAAGUCUCAUGAAUGCUGGGUGAAUAGUCCACCCGAGCUACAGCCACAGUCUAAUUUAUUUACUUUUCUUUCUUAUCCUGGGUGUUUUGAGACAGCAUCUCACUAAGUUGUUCAGGCUGGCCUCACACUCACUCUGUAGCCCAGGCAAGCUUUGAACUCAUGAUCCUCUUCCCUCACCCCUGCAACAGAGUCCUGCACCACCAGGGCUAGCUCACACUGAACGUUGACUACGACCACAAAUUGAUAAAAUCUGAUUGAGAAGUAAUUAAGAUUGGGUAUCGAGAACACACCCGGGUAAGAGGCUGCGUGGAUUCCACAUACUCUUUAAAUGGCUGAAUUCCAUAUGAUCUUUAAAACUCAGAAAAUUAUGACGUUAUUUGUAAUCCUGCUGCACAGUGGGAGCCAUGGCUGGCAGUGCUGGCAUCUCUGGGAGCUUAUUGGAAAAGCAGUCUCAAGGCCCAGCCAGACCUACUAAAUUAGAUUCUAUGUAUUAACAAGCCCGUAAGUGUUUCCUGUACAUGAUGCUCUGGGCUGCACCGGCGAUUCUUAACCAUGGCUGUAUGCUGGGCAAAACAGCCACACACAAAAAGUAAAAACAAAUCUUAAAAAAUGUAGGUUUCAUCUCCAAAGAUUCUUAUUGUUUAUUAGGAUCUGUGAUUUAAAUUAGUUCUAGAAUAGGCCAGGCUGUACGAUCGCAGCACUCAGGAGGCAGAACAGGAAGGUAGACACUCCCAGCAUGACCUCAGCCAGUUUGAAAGGGUCUGGGGAAGUUAACAGUAGGCUCCCUCAGGCAGGGGAGAGCCAGAUGCAGACAUUCCACUGGUCCAGUUUGUCCAUAAGAUGCACAGUGUUAAAUUGACUGCCUCAGGGACCAGGGCCACCAGAUGCACCAGCAUUGCAUGUUUGUGACCACGCCCGCCAGGACCAGCCAGCCGUGGUGGGCCCACUUUUCUGCUCCCAGGCUGGCAGGUCUAGAUUCAGCCAGGCCUGCUGCAGACAGUUGACAAACAGGUGGUGUGGCAUCUCGGCUCUUGUGCAGGAGAGGGCAGGGGAAACUGCACUGCUCCCUCAGUUGGCAGAUACUGACUCCAAAUAAGCAUGGGGUUCCUGCCUACUGCCACUGCCAUUCUUAGCCUGCCUUCCUGUCUCCCGUGAUCACCCACACAGUCUUUCUCCACCUUCACUGAGCCAGGCCCUCCUUCUGUGAGCCUCCAAUAUCUUUCCAGUAAGUUCCAUUCUGUUUAGCACCUAAUGUCGAAUAUCAUGGCUGCCAAAUCUUUCCUGAUUACCACCAGUCCUUAUGCAAGGGAGUGUAACCCUUGGGCACAGGAACGCCAACAAGUCAUGUCAACCAUAGAUGAUUACCAAAUUCAUUCUCUGGGCUUGGAAUGGGAUUCUGGGAGUAUGGACUCAGCCGCUCCUUCAAGGUUUGCCCAGUAUUUUUACUUUUUGUGGGUGCUGGGGAGUGAACCCUCUUGGCCUUGCCAGAUGAGCACUGUACCGAUGAGCGACACCCCAGAUCCAUGCCUGCCAACUCUUUGGGAGGUUUCAGAAUAGCCAGGGAACAAACCGUUGUGCAAGUCACUGCCUGUUGCCCAGUGCUGUGAGAAAAGAGUGCUUCCUGUGGGCUCCGUCCUCCCUGGCCCACGGUUCUCCACCUUGGAGGAGCACUCUCUCCCCACACUAGGCAAAGCACAGUGAGAGGUGGUAGAAUGCUGUGUGAGCUUGUCCAUGCUCCACGUACUCACUUGUGUCAUCAUUCAGCACCCAGUAGGACCAUUUCUUUCUGGGGACAAGGGGUGAAGCAUAGAAACGGGGGUGCCAGUAGCCCAAAACCGUCCUAAAACAAAUGGGAGAAUGGACUGGAGAAGAGAGCUGCUUUAGCUCCCAAAGUCAGGAAAGGGCAUUCUGGGAAAAUAACUCAGACAGAGGGAGAGCCAGCCAUAUGAGGAAGAGCAAGUCACCUUGCCAGUCAGAGGGAAAAGCAGAGACAAAGACCUCACAGGGAGGCAGCUUGAGACCCGGGAGCCUAGAGGUCUAGUGUGACUGUAGGAAAGCAAGGUGCAGGCCACGUUUGACUCAGGGCUGGUGGGCACCAAGGAGUUUAUAUGUUUAUGAUGAACAGGAAGUGGUCAGCAGGAAGGGUCAUCAGGUCUGACUGGGUUUAGGAAGUCCACUGUGGCUAUGGUAGGGAGAAUGGACUAUCAUGGGCCAACCACGGAGGCAGGAGCCUAGCUGGCAGGGGGUAGGGAGGCGAGCGAUAGUGGCACCAGAAAGCCAUCUGGUGUGCACGGCUGUGCUUGAUUGUAGGAGCUGUCCCCAAAAGCCUCUAGCCAGAAUCUGUCACUGCAACCCAGAAACAGUGUUUACUUGCCAAAAAACAAACUCUCUACAUUUAUUCUGAAACUGUAGUAACUACAGGGCAACUCCUCUUCCCACCUUCCCUGUUAACCCAUGAUCACCCCCCAGCAAUUAACCUCUGUAAUGUGUUCAGCCCACCUGCUCUGCCACCCUCUUGUAGAUUACCAACUCCAGUGUUAAGAAUUUUUAUCACUGAUGUUUUUGAGACGAGAUCUCUCUGUAGCCUGAACUGUCUUUGAAUGUCUAUGUAGAUCAAACUGAUCAGUCUGCCUCCAUCCACUAGCAGGCUGGGAUUACUGGUAUGUUUCACUACAGCCCGCCCUCCCAACUUGAUUUUAUAUAUUACCAGAUGUAGAGGGAUGAGAUGGAUUUCUGGAACAAAAUUUCACGUGAAAGUUAUUAAAUGCUUCUAUAUAAUGUAAAUACCCUACAUCCUUUAUUAUUUGCAGGAAUAUAUUCACAUACCCGUUUAUCUGUCCAUGCAUCCAUGCAUCCAUGCAUCCAUGCAUCCAUGCAUCCAUCCAUCAUCCAUCCAUCCAUCCAUCCAUCCAUCCAUCACCAUGUCUAGUUCAUUCUUUGGUGGAUAGGAGUUGGAGACUGAGGCAAAUGGUACAGACUUUACCCUCUCUGGGAGGCUCAUCUGCCGAUUUCAUCAUGGCUGGCUCUUUAUUGGGACCACAUUGUUACUUCUGAUGUGAUCACUCCUGCCUUUAGUGGAUGGGGACUAUAUUGAGAAAGGAAUGGUUCCCCUAUGGAUAUGAUAUGUAGCAGCAGAUAGCAGAGCUGAGGCCGAAGCCCACCCUGCUCAACUCAAAACUCCGUGCUCAGGCCCAGGGGUGGAGCUCAGUGGAGGAGCGUUUGCCCAGCAAGUCCGAGGCCUUGGAUUCAGUUUUCCGAAAUGCAAUUAAUAAUUCACUUAUUCAUUAAAAUAAAUUUCAAAUAUUUUAAAA